AUGAGAGUAUGUUAUUUAAGAGGGUGCUUAUUAUGCAUAAUAACAAUUGUUUUGUGGUCGAGGAUUUACAAAGUUUAUGGUAUGGAUUCCUUAUUUUCUUUUAACAAUAUGUUACCUAUGUAUAACAUUUUAAAAGGGAAGCAUCAUGUAAGUAUGAGUGAUUUGAAGAUCAGCGAGAGUUAUUUAUUUAAAGAGCCAAAGAAUAUAAAUAUCGAUUUGGCUUUGUUGGCUUUAAAAGGUAUGGAUAGAGAAAAUAGGAAUAUGUUUGAUUAUAAAAGUAAGAAUAAUGAUGAUAAUAAUAAAAAUGUAGAAAGGAUUUUAUGGAAUAAAAUGAAUAAGGAUGAUUUUAUUUAUUCAAAAUUGGAGGUUGAUGAUAAAUUAAUAAAAGGAUUGCCCGAUAUAUUAAAUAUAAAUAACAUUCGACAUGAUAUAAAAAGGAAUAUGUUAACGUAUUUAAAUAAUUAUAGAUAUGAUAAUGAAAAUAUGGAAAUAAUAUUUAAGGGAGAAAAUAAAAUACCAUAUAUAUAUAAUAAUAUAUUAUUCAUAUUAUUAAUAUUUUUCAUGUAUCUUUUUUGUAUUAGAAUAUUAUAUGAUGGAUAUAGAAUAGGAAAACUUGUAGCAAAGGAUUUUAUACCAAAAAUAUCUACAUUAUUUAUGUUUUUUGUAUUAUUAAAAAGUACCUUAUUAUUAUUUCCACCUGUAUUAUGUGUAUUACUUUGUAUAUUUCUGACAUUUUAUUUUUAUACCAUAUCAAUGAAUUCUUGUCAAGAUAUAUACUUUUUAGAUUUUGGAAAAAUAAAAAAGGAGCCUAUAGGAUGGAUUUUUAUAGUGUUUUCUCAUUCUAUUUUAUUGGGCAAUAUUAUAUAUCACUUAUUAUUUCGACCUAGUGUAUUUAUAUAUUUACAUAAUUUGAUAGAGAAUUAUUUUAUUGAACACAUUUUAUGUGUAAUUAUUUUAAUAGUAAUGUCAAUUUUUAUCUUUUUUUUAAUGAUAAGUAAUAUAUUUCCAGCUACCAAAUUACAAAAUUUUGUUUUUUCCUUUACCUCUUCUUAUUUUCUUUUGUCAUUUUGUUCUUAUCUAUAUAAUUUAUUUGUUUUCCUAAUGUAUGAUAAAACAAAAAGGUUCAACAUAAUUCAAAUUGAGCCUUAUAUGUUCUUUUCAUCUACUAGCAUUUUUUCAUUUAAUUUUCCUAAUUCUUUUAUUUUGUUGUGUCUUUUUUUUAUGACAUGCUUACCAUUUAUUAUACCCAAACAUAAGCUUGGUAAAAAGAAAAGAGGAGGGAAAAAAAUGAAGCAAAAAAAAAAUGACCUCAAGGAACCAAAUUAUAGGCCAUACGACAUGAUCUUCAAUUAUUUUUCAUAA